UGUCCUCCUCCCGGCGGUCAUUUUGGCUGCUCGGGUGUGUUCAUCAGGGUGGAGAUUUCAGGAGUGCGGGGUCGUGGUUGGGGACCCGACAGAGAAGGAGUCAGAGGGGUCGUCGUCCCACAAAGGCGAGUGUGGGAAUUCGGCCGCAGCGCCGCCUAAGAUGGCCCCUUGGAUAAGAACCGCCAACCCGCUCCCGGCCCCGCUCCGCCCACAGGCCGGGAUGGCGGCGGCCUGGCCGAUGGACGCGGCUCAGGUACAAGCAGUGAGUCCCAUACAUCCUUAUUACUAGACUUUAUUCUGGACCUUCCUCUGAAGCCAGUGCCACGGGCAUCAUCCUGAUCCUGGCAACUCCCCAGGAAUCUGGGCACGGCCCCUUUAGGAAAGAGCCAGGACGCCCAUCCCGCACAGUGCUGCUUCCCCUCUGUUCUGGGAGGUUCCGCCGUUGGUGGGGUGGCCUGUCGUGGAGGCCUAUGGAGCUGUGAGAACAUCAUCGCCCAGAGGAGCCAAUGAAGGUCCAGGAGAGGGGCGCUUCCGUGUAUGCCGUUGCAUUGGGGUGGGACUUCUGGCGUCCUCCUCUUAGGUCUGUUUCCUGUUCAGAGGCUCCAGAUGCGACAGCUGGUCAGAGAAGGCGUGACAAGAGCCAUUGUCCCGACAGCCCAGAGUCCGAUGGCAACAGUCACGCUCAGGGUCCCGGCUCAGGGCCGUGUGACCUUUGAAGAUGUGGUCGUGUACUUCUCCUGGGAGGAGUGGGGGCUCCUGGAUGAGACUCAGAGAUGCCUGUACCAUGACGUGAUGCUUGAGAACUUUGCACUUGUGACCUCACUGGGUUGUUGGUAUGGAAUGGAGGAGGAGGUGCUUUCUGGGCAGAGUGUUAAUGUGGAACAAACGCCCCUGGGUCAAACUCCAGCCACUCAGAAGACUUAUCCCUGUGAAAAGAGUGUCCUGAUGGGGAGAGACAUUUUGUGCCUCACAACAGACCACGGGUUCCAUCCUGAACAGAAAUCCCAUGCCUGUGGGACCUGGCGGGAACAUGCCUGGUUCAUCCCGAACCUUCACCAGCACCAGCAUCAUUGUGAUGAGAAGGCACUGCAGAGGGACACGCACACAGCCUCACUGAUGACAAGCUGCCAACUCCACGUCUCAGGGAAGCCUUUUACCUUCACCUGUGGGGCAGUGGGGAAGGACUUCCUGGCCAUGUUGAGUCUUCUUCAGCAUCAGGCCACUCUCAAAGAAGCUAGGUCACCCAGUGGCUUCAAGUAUGGGGGUGGGGAGGCCUUUCGUAGCGGGACUAGUCCUUACUGGCACAGUGAGUAUGAAUACAAACUCUUUCAGCAUCAGCAGAUUCACACUCAGGCUAGUCCUUAUAACUGCGAGAAACCCUUCCACCAAAGCGCCACCCUUAGUCACUGUCAGGAUACUGAGAUGGCAGCGAAGUCUUAUGAGUGCGGCGACUGUGGAAGAACCUUCAGCCAAAGCUACAGCCUCAUCCAGCACCACAGAAUCCACACGGGAGCCAGGCCUUACAAGUGCAACGAGUGUGGGAAAGCCUUCACCUACAAGCUCCGCCUUGUUCAGCACCUGCACAUCCACAAUCGAGUGAAGCCUUACGAGUGUGGGGACUGUAGGAAGUCCUUCAGCUACAGUUCGACUCUCAUUAAGCACCAGCGAGUGCACACAGGAGCCAGGCCUUACAAGUGCGGGGAGUGUGGGAAUUCCUUCAGCCAAAGCUCCAACCUCAUUCAGCACCAGAAAAUUCACAAUGGGGCUAGGCCUUACAAGUGCAGCGAGUGUGGAAAGUCUUUCAGCUACAAGUGCAAACUCGUUCAGCACCUUCGAAUUCACACGGGCGAAAGGCCCUAUGAGUGUGGGGAGUGUGGGAGGUCUUUUAGCCACAGCUCCACUCUCAAUCAACACCGGAGAAUUCACACAGGAGCCAGGCCUUAUAAGUGUGACGAGUGUGAGAAAUCCUUCAGCCAAAAGUCUAACCUCAUUCAGCACCAGAGAGUUCACACAGGAGAGAGGCCUUAUGAGUGUGGCGAGUGUGGCAAGUCCUUUAGCCAGAGCUCCCACAUCAUUCAGCACAGAAAACUUCACACCAGAUAACCUCACGCAUGCAGCAGCUGUGGGCAAACCUUUGGCCACUGGUCUGCUGUAUGGACAUGGAAGCUUCACUCAUAUGGUUGAUGUGUGCACACCCAACUUGGGAAAACCCUCGUGUAAAGUCUAACUGACCUCAUUUGGCCUCAGAACAUACACCCAGGACGAAGGUGCUUUUCUGUUGAGGGAAACAGAAUAGGGGUGGGGGUGGGGGGUGAAAUUCAUACAAUUCCAUGAGUUCUGGGUUCCUCAGGAGCUUUGAGGAGCCAUAUUGCAUAUUCUACCCGGUUUCCUUGCCUGAUCCACGCCGCUGCCAGAAGCCAUCUCACCUUUACCAGCUAGCUUCAGCAGGGUCUAUCAGGUGUUUCUAAAUAUUCGGGGUGGGGGAGCUCCUUCCCUCCUCUCUGAUUAAUUGGGCACACGCACUCAGGGUGAUGCUAGCAGCUUGCAAAGGUCUACCUGCUUCCACUUGUGGCCUAACUUGCACAGUUGCCCAAGGCCGCCUAGGAGAGAUGAUAGGGCAGCCUGGACGUCAGCCAAGAGGAGUGUAGACUGCCAUGCCAGCCUCCGGUGCAUGCUUCUCUGAGACAUUUAACUGGGUCCCCUGUCCCAAGUGAUGUCACAUCAUGCUGAGCACUAUUGUGGGGAUGCUCUUUCACAGCUACUACAAAAGGAAUCAUGUGCCUUCAUGUCUAGACUUGGCUUGUCUGGUGUGAGUGGUUGCAAGACUACAGGGGCCAGGCUCAAACCCUAAUUUGUAUGGGAACACUGGGUGGCAGGCUAUGAGAGGCCAUCCCUGUUCUAGAGGUGCACCAUGGGUGUUCCACUGACUGGUUGUGUGGGAUGAGUGCGCACUCUG